AUGGCAUCGGCGCCGGCCUCCGAUGACUUGGCUGUGUUGAACGAUCAGCUCAGGAAGCAGGGCAACAGCGGCGCAGGUCCUUGGCUGGCUCUCGAAUCUAACCCCGCAGUGUUCACGGAGUUCUCGCAGAGGAUCGGUUUGCCCGCGCGCUGGCAGUUCUGCGAUGUGUUAGGCCUUGACAAGGAGCUGCUUGGCAUGGUGCCACGGCCCGUGGCUGCCUGUGUGCUGCUGUUCCCGUGCUCGGAGCGAAUCUAUGCAGCCAGGCGUGAGCAGGACGCCGCCCUGCGGGCAGGUGGGUCUUUGCGAGGGGCUUCGCCUUGCCACGACGACGGUGUCUUCUUUUUGAAGCAAGUCAUUGGCUUCGGCAACGCAUGUGGCACAGUGGCCUGCCUGCACGCGACGUCGAAUGCCCGCGACUGGAUGUCCCUGGCACAAGAUGCACCACUGGAACGCUUCGUUCAGCUGCAAGCAUCGUCGACGCCCGAACAACGAGGCGAGGCGCUGCUGAACGAUGCGUCGCUGAGGCAGUCGUCCGAAACGGCCGCGACCUCCGAAGCGGCGCAGACACAAUGUCCAGACCGUCAUGGUCCCCCGUUGGAUCACCAUUUUGCUGCUUUUGCUCGCUCCAGGCAAAAUCGAAUCAUUGAGCUGGACGGCACCAAGCGUGGGCCAGUAGACCAUGGGCCUACAAGCGAGGCCAGCUUUCUAGAAGACGUGGCAGCGGCGGUGAAGCGAAACUUCAUGGACGUCGAGCCGGAUUUGUUGGACUUCUCGCUGCUUGCGCUCGCUGCAAAUACUGAGAGCUAA